GUGGGCAGGGCAGUGACUGUGCUGAGCUCCAGGGAAAUCGGGAGGGGGGUGGUGGAUCUGGGGAUGAGAUACCCAGGUCUGGAGGUCGGUGCAUCAAUGUAGUGACACCGUAGCUGUGUCUUGGACAGCGCCUCAGCCAGGUUUGCAAAUCCCUCCUCUUCCCAUUAUAUUUAUUUACUUAUAUAUUCUACCCCCCCCCCACCCCAAUUCAUAAACAGGCAGACGUGUCCCUAGAUCUAGAGGGCAGGCUUUGCCUGGUUCCCUUAUCCUCCACCUCUCAAUGACUCGCAGGUAACAUCGUAACUUGAUUUAUCUCCCCAUUUCCAACCAAGCCGUUUAUACUACCCCAGUUCCUCCUCCCCUUCUGUCUGGUGCUGAAAUCAUGGAUGAAAUUUUGAAGAAGAUUUCGAAGGAAGCAACGGGGAACAAGUACAAGGCUCUAAGGGAUGCCUGCACUUUAGCAUGUGAGACACUGGAGUCUGAAAACAAUGCUGCCAAGCUACCGACUUAUCAAUUGAGGGAGCGAUGCCUUAGCCCUCUGAAGCUUGCUUUGGAAUCGAAGAAUGUCAAACUGGCCCAGCAUGCGUUAGCCGGAAUGCAGAAACUGCUGGCGGAUGAGAGGUUGGUGUCAGCAGAGAAAGAGCUGGAGGACAGACAGUUGCUGAACCAGAUGCUGGACUCCAUGAAGAUUACACCUUUUCUGAACGAGGACCUGCAAGUGGAAGUCAUGAAGGUGCUGCUGUGUAUCACAUACUCAUCGUCAUUUGAAAUAAAUGGCAGUGCAGUACUGAAGAUUGCUGAGGUCUGCAUCGAGACGUACGUGACCAGCAGUCACCAGCGCAGUAUCAACACGGCUGUGCGAGCCACUCUAAGCCAGAUGUUGAGUGACCUGAGCCAGCAACUCCGCCUGAGGCAGGAGAGUGAGAGUGAGAAUGGCUGUACAUUGCAAGAGGAACAUCUCAGCAAAGGCUCCUCAGUCCCAGUCGAGUCGUUGUGUGAGGACAUGGUCUCGGUGCUCGCUGUCUUUUGUGAGAAGCUGCAAAGAGUGGUGACCAACAACCAACAGUUGCAGCUUCUUUACCUGGAGUGUAUUCUCUCCAUGCUGAACAGUUCCUCUCCUGUCAUGCAUCGUCAUAAAGGUUUCACAGACCUCUUGUGGAAGCAGCUCUGUCCAGCUCUGAUUGUUAUCCUGGGCAACCCAAUCCAUGAUAAGACCAUCUCGUCAGGCCACGUCGCCUCGUUGACAGAGACUGAGGCUUCUUUGACCGGGGUCUCUGACCACGGCCGCGGAUCAGGCUGUUCAUCCACGGCACCAGCACUCAUUGGACCGGUGGCACGCACGAUCUACUACAUAGCGGCGGAAUUAGUGCGGCUGGUUGGCUGCCUGGAGUCACUGAGACCAGUCCUGCAGUCCCUUUACCAUCGCCUCCUGCUGUAUCCGCCACCACAACAUCGAGUGGAGGCUAUCAAGAUCAUGAAGGAGGUCCUAGGCAACCCCCAGCGCCUGUAUGAUCUCGCUGGCCCAACCGUAUAUGAAGGGGAAACCAAGAGAAGGUCCAGCCAGAAGAGAAAAUCUCACCUGGAUCUUCACAAGAUCAUCAUGGAUGGAAUGACAGAGGCCUGUGUCAAAGGAGGGAUUGAGGCCUGCUACGUCUCAGUGUCUUGUGUCUGCUCCUUGUUGGCGGCCCUUGAUGAGUUGAGCCAGGGGAAGGGGCUGAGUGAGGAGCAGGCGCGGCACCUGCUGAAGCACUCGGAGGAACUGAAGGGUGGCACCGAGUCCACCCGGGAGUCCAUGGAGAUCAGCGAGGCCGACUUCAGGUGGCAGAGGCACAUCCUGUCGGCCGAGCAGGCUCACUGGGAGUCCAGCAACGAGAAGAGCCCUGACAUCAGCAUCAGCGUCACCACGGAAACCGGACGCACCACCCUAGAGGAGAGCAUGGGGCAGACCACCCCGGAGGAGAACCCCUCGAUUCUGAGAAACCACUUGGACUACUCUGCGGGCCUUGAUGCUAAUGAGGCACUGAGUAAACUGCCGGCCCUGGGAUUGGAGCAGGCUGAAAUGCUGGAAGGAUUCCAUCGAAACAACAUGCACGCCUAUCCUGAUUUAGCCAACUUCCUGUCAGUCGACCCCAGAGUCAACAAACUGCCUGGUUCCCGAUAUAGCGAGAGUAACUUCAGCAUUGACGAGCAGGACAUUUCCAGGACUGAGUUCGACUCCUGCGAUCAGUAUUCAAUGGCAGCUGAGAAAGACUCAGGCAGGUCAGAUGUCUCAGAGAUCGGCUCCGAUAACUGUUCCCUGGCAGACGAAGAGCAGACGCCCAGGGACUGCCUGGGCCACAGGUCACUGCAUGGAGCCACCCUGACACUGAAGGUCCUAAAGAACCAGGAGGCUGACCAACACAGUGCCCGGAUAUUCAUCCAGUCUCUUGUCACGCUCCUCCCUCGCCUCCUGUCUCUCCAGAACACAGAUGAAGUUGACUCAUCCCUGCAGAGUUUUGCCUCUACGUUUUGCUCGGGUCUGCAGUCAGAACUGUUACAUUCUCCGGGCAUCGACGGCAGUGAGGGUCCCUGCUGUCAGACACUGAUGAAUGCAGAUGGAUUGUACCUGGUGGCUUUCCACGCGCUGUCACUCAACCUCAAGCUGAUCGCCUGUGAUUACUACCGAAAGAAACCAGCACCCGUCCCUGCAUCAUUGAAGGAGUUUGUGAGGCAGGUUCAGAGCAGUCGGGUUCUGAUGGUGCUGUCACAGGCCUGGAUCGAGGAGCUUUACCACCAGGUGCUUGACCGGAACCUGCUGGGUGAAGCUGGGUACUGGGGAACGGCAGAGGAACAUGGUCUGCCUUUCAUCAUUAUGUUAACUGAUAUGGAUGGCCUGGGAAGCAGUGCAAUAGGAGGGCAAAUGGUCAGCACAGCAGCAGAACAAUCUCCUCUUGCCCAGGAAAAGAACACCCCCGAUUCUGUGACUGCAGGAAUGUGUUUUGCCCGGUUCAUUCUGAUUGGCUGCUGGAAGAACCUGAUUGACACGCUCUCUACUCCCCUUACCGGUCGGGUGGCUGGCAGUUCCAAGGGUCUGGCAUUCAUACUGGGCACAGAGGGCAUUAAGGAGCAGAACCAGAAGGAGAGGGAUGCCAUCUGCAUGAGCCUGGAUGGUCUCCGCAAAGCAGCUAGGCUCAGCUGUGCACUAGGUGUUGCAGCCAAUUGUGCCUCAGCUCUUGCACAGAUGUCAGCAGCAUCAUGUGUCCAGGAUGAGAAGGAGGAUAAAGAAACCCCUGAGACCACUGACACCAUUGCACAAGUGAAGCAGAAAAUGGAGCAGAAACUGGAGCAGAUUGGGCGGCCACAGGGUGUUCAGCUCCACACGGCCCAUGUUCUCUGCAUGGACGCCAUCCUCAGUGUGGGGCUGGAGAUGGGCAGUCACAAUGCGGACUGCUGGCAACAUGUCUUCAGAGUGUGCGAGUACAUCAGUACGUUGGAGCACAGUCAGUUCAGUGACGGAGGCUCGCAGCCUCCCAUUGCCAUCACACAGCAGGCAUCCAGCUCCCUGCAGCCGGCGGACAUAGCACUGAACUCCAUCAAGAAUCCCAGCACCGAACUGGACACCAAUAUCGGCAACCCUGUCAUUCAGGCGGUCACCAUUCAGGAGCUGAUCAGGGACAACUGCAAGGGGAAGGCAUUUGACUUCCGAGGAGGAGGCGUGUUGAACGGGAACAAUGCAGCCAGGGCUGUCUGCACACUCUCCACACUGGCUGACAAGUUAUUUGAAGAUGCUGCUGUGAAGUUGAAUCUCAACGCUCUGGUGGGAUUUCUCAAUCAGCUGAGGAAAGUGUCACAGGCUCAACUCUUUGACUCUGUUACAGAAACUGUGGACUACUCACUAGCAAUGCCAGACAUUCCAAAAUGCAUCACCUCACAUUUGUCCGGAUUAAAUUCCAUCUGCCAUUUCUCCGCCCAAGUCUCCAGCCUGUCUUUAUCCUGCUGUAUCCGCUGGCAAUCCUCCUCACUAUCCGCAGCUCCCCCAACCUUUGUGUCGUCUGCAAACUUUGGAGAUGCUAAAUCUACCCACGAACAGAGGAGUGGUCUACAUCUCUUUCGACUUGGUGAUGUGAUGCUCCGAAUUGUGCGGAGCCGGUCCCGUCCCCUCUUGCACCUCAUGAAGACCUGGAGUGUGGUGGGCCCUCACUUAGCAGAGGCUGCCUGUCACAAGGAGAGGCACAUUUCCCAGAAAGCCGUUUCCUUUAUCCAUGAUAUUCUGACUGAAGUCCUAACUGACUGGAAUGAGCUGCCAUAUUUUCACUUCAACGAGGCCCUUUUCCGACCAUUUGAACACAUCAUGCAGUUGGAACUAUGUGACGAAGACGUGCAAGAUCAGGUGAUCACAUCAAUUGGAGAGCUGGUGGAGGUUUGCUCCCCACAGAUUCAGUCUGGCUGGCGACCACUCUUCAGUGCUUUGAAGACCGUGCACAGUAACAAGUCUGACGUGAAGGAAUAUCUGAUUGGUGACUACUCAAUGGGGAAGUCCCAGGCUCCGGUUUUUGAUGUCUUUGAAGCAUUCCUCAACACGGAUAACAUACAAGUGUUUGCUAAUGCAGCCACUGACUACAUAAUGUGCCUUAUGAAGUUUGUCAAGGGUUUGGGUGAUGAAGAUUGUAAAGAAAUAGGGGAUUGCUAUCCUGGUUUGGGAUCCAGUUCCACAGAUUUGUGCCUUCCCGCCCUCGAUUACCUCAGGAAGUGUUCGCAGUUACUUGCCAAAAUAUACAAGAUGCCUUCAAAGCCAAUUUUCCAUGGGCUACAACUUGCCAGUUUGCCAUUCAGAGGCCCCGAGAGAUCGCUGAGCAGUGAAGAUGGGAUUGAGUCAGUCCUGAACGAGUUUGACGAUGACACAGGUUUGAUUCAAGUCUGGAUUCUGCUGCUGGAGCAGCUCACCACAGCCAUCUCCAACUGUCCACGCCAGCACCAGCCUCCCACGUUGGACCUCCUGUUUGAGCUGCUGCGAGAAGUCACUAAAGUACCAGGUCCUGGAUUUGGGAUUUUUGCUGUCACUCAUCUCCUCCUUCCAGUGAUGUCCCUCUGGCUUCAGCGUAACCAUGGAGAUCAAUCCUACUGGGAAAUGGCUGCUGCCAAUUUUAAACAUGCCAUUGGUCUGUCCUCGGAGCUGGUGAUGGAACAUAUUCACUGCUUUAUCCAGUCGGAUAUUGGCUACGAGAACAGCAUCAACUCCAUGCUGAAAGACCUCCUGAAGCUCCUCGUGUCCUGUAUCGCCGAGCCCACAGAAACAAUCUCCCGAGUUGGCUGCUCAUGUAUCAGGUACGUUUUGGUCACAGCUGGACCUGUGUUUACCGAUGAAAUGUGGAGGUUGGCCUGUUGUGCCCUACAAGAUGCUUUCACAGUCACGCUGGAACCAGUAAAGAACCUGUUGGCCUGUUUCCAGAGCGGCUCAGACAGCUUCAGUGGAGAUGCUUGUGAGGUGAAGGUGGCAGCCCCGUCGCAUUCUGCCAGCGCCGAGGCUGAGUACUGGAGAAUCCGGGCUAUGGCACAACAGGUCUUUCUGCUAGACACCCAGUGUUCACCCAAAACCCCCAGCAACAGGGAAGGUUUUGAGCAUGCUCAGUCCUGCGUGUUGAUCAUCGAGCUCCCACCGGAUGAGAAACACAAUGGUCACACUCAGAAGAGGAUCCCAUUCCGGACAAUAGUGGUGAGCUUGUUGUCCCACCAGGUGUUACUUCAAAAUCUCUACGAUGUCCUGCUCGAAGAGUUUGUCAAAGGUCCUACACCAAGCGAGGCUUCAGACCGGACUGUCAGCUUUGGAGAGACCAGGCCGGCCAGCUUCCUCAGGUACAUCUCCAUGCAGAACUUGGCCGUCAUCUUUGAUCUGCUGCUGGAGUCUUACCGAACGGCCAGGGAGUUUGAUACGAGGCCUGGCCUGAAGUACCUACUGAUGAAAGUCUCGGGAGUGGGAGGGGCUGCCAAUCUCUACCGCCAGUCGGCAAUGAGCUUCAACAUUUAUUUCCAGGCUUUGGUGUCUGCCAUUAUGACCAACCAGGAGAACAUAACGGCCGAACAGGUCAAGAAGAUCCUGUAUGAGGAGGAGGAGCUGAGCUCAGAUUCUUCCCAGCAGUGUUCCUCAGAAGAUGAGGACAUCUUUGAGGAGACAGCCCAGGUCAGCCCUCCCAGGGGAAAGGAGAAGAGGCAGUGGCGAGCGAGGGUGCCUUCUCUUAGCAUUCAGCCAAUCAGCAACGUGGACUGGGUCUGGUUAGUAAAGAGGCUUCACAAGGCAUGCCUGGAGCUCUGUAACAACUACAUCCAGCUUCACCUUGACCUGGAGUGCUUGGCAGAGGAACCCCUGGCCCUGAGGGGUGACCCUCUCUUCUUCCUGCCCUCCUGCUAUUCUGAGGGAUCUACCCCAUCCACUGGGGGCAUGUCAGGCAAAGAUACCCCUUCAGAAGAGGGCUCCAGGAGCCAUGUAAAAGAGCUGGAAGACGGGAAGCCCAAAGGGCCCAGCAGUGCCCCCUUGAGCCCCAACGUGGAGAAAAAGGAGCAAGGCCGGAAGAAGGAGUGGUGGGAGAGCGCCGGGAACAAGAUCUACUCCAUCGCCACCGACAAAACCAUCAACAAACUCGUCUUCGAGUACAAGAAGCGCAAGCAGCAGCAUAACCUGGCCACUUUAGUCAAGGAGGGGAAAGCAGAGAAGGGGGAGGUGGCACUGGGGAGAUGCCCAGAUUCCCCUCUCCAGAGGCCCCAGCAGCUGCUGGACCAGACCCAGAUGCGGCAUUCGCUGAGUGCAGGCCCUGAGCUGCUCAGAUUGGAGAAGCGACCUCGCUCUGGAUCCACAGUCAGCUCCCACAGCGUCUCUGUCCGUGACACUGAGGCCCAGAUGCAGGCCUGGACCAACAUGAUCCUUACGGUCCUCAACCAAAUCCAGCAGUUGCCAGAUCAGAUGUUCACUGCCCUACAGCCCUCCGUCUACCCGAGUAUCAGCCAACUCACGUGCCAUGUCACCGAUGUCCGUGUUCGGCAAGCUGUUCGAGAAUGGCUGGGAAGAGUCGGAAGAGUUUACGAUAUAAUUAUGUAAAAAAAAAGAGAAAAAAUUAUUUCAACAGUAAGAGAAAAAGAUUCUAUAUUUAUGAAGCACAAGGGUUAACUUGUGAGUAAAUGACUUACUUUUCCAACCCUGACUGAGAAAUAUUUUUCUUAUGUUACCCUCCAAGAUCCAAAACCAACCAUUGUUACUGGGAUACAUCCGAGGCCAUUGGCUUGCUCCCUGAACCCCAAGUUGUCAUUUCGUCACGGUGUGCCCUGUCUGCUCCCCACCCUAAGGCAGCCCCUCAGGAUUGAGGGAGCCUUGCGUUGGAAAUGGAGGGAUUUGAAGAAUCAGAGCAGUGGUGUGUACCAUCUACAAAGUGCACAGUGGGCUGGAUAGCCUGCCUCUGCUCAUGUGUCUUAAGGUUUUUUAUUGAAGGUGGAGGGCCCUUGCAGUUCAGUGUGAGUGAGAUCAAACGAGAGGGAGCCCCAGGACAAUUAGAGAUCAGGUUCUGCUGAUGAGAGACGCGAGUGACCAUAAGCAUAUGUACAUCCACAGUCAGGGACAGACCGAAGUCAGACUGAAGGACUUUGGACACUGUGUUGGGAUGUCCCUGUAGUUUUAUCUGAGAGUAAGAGGGUGGCAUUCCUACUAAAACAGGCAACUGGGCACUGUCUAGGAUGGACAGGUCAACAAGGGUAGUCAUUUUGACCCACCUUUGUUCACCCACCUCAGCAAAAAAACAAACUUGCAGUCACCAUUGGGUGAAAGUUCAGUAUUGAGAGGGUGGGUGGGAUUAGCUGGGGCCCCAUCUUACACUUACUUUUCUGUUGUAGUCGACGCGUUUCCGUCCAAUUUGAGUUUCACCUGAAUCCAGGCCAUUGCUUCUUUGACAAUGUUCCCUUUGCCAUUUGGCUUAGAAAGAAUACUCCAAGAGUCAGCCGCUCUUUCUGUGAAGCUUGUCCGUGAAAUCUAUCUGAAUGUUCCCUCACUUCCAUGGGGGCCGGUCUAGCUCAGUUGGAUGGAAGGUUGGCUUUCCAGAGUGAUGCCUACAAAGGUGGGUUCAAUUCCCAUCGCCAGACCUCACCCAUUGCAUGAGCUAUGGUGGCCCUCAGGUUAAAUCACCACCAAUCAUCUCUCUCUCUCUGUCUAAUAAGAAAGCAGCCUUAUGGUCACUAAGACUGUGGUGACACACACAUGCACACUUCGCUCCUAAUUUCCAGCUUGUGACCUGCCCUGACUUACUGUGAAAUUAAACUUUUAAUGUGCGUUUUUGAUGCCAGUCUCUUAACAGGUGCUGCUUUUUUGUAAGUGUUUUUAGUAAAUAGUGUGAUCUUAAGGUAGAUGUUUCCACCGUGAAGAUAACAUUUGUCACUUGGAUGUUAUUAAGGACCCCAGGCUGCAGUUCAGUAGUUACAUUGGUAAACAAAUUGCAUUACAUCGGGUCCAGGAAUACUUUCUCCAUCUUCAAGUUGCUCUAUAAAUUGAAUUGUUGCAUUGGAUUCCACACCUACUGUUCUGUUGGCUCCUUGACGUCGGACCUCAUGUACUUCGCUGUUUCCUGUCUCAGAACUUUGAACGUUUAAUUUCUGAGACUUGAAAUGAGCCUUUAACCCACAGGAACUCUGAAUGCAGAUUUUAGAAGAAAUAUUGCACCCACACCCACUCGAUUCAAAUGGGCAAUCUUCUAGCACGUGAGGAGGCCAUUCAGCCCAAUGUACCUUUGCUGGUUUGAAUGAAGAGUUCUCUAAACUAACACCAUUAUUUUUGAUGUAAUCAGUGAUUGAACUGAAGCCCUAAAUCCUAAUGUAUUGCAUGGACAGAGUUAUCACACAAGGACAGACAGGCUGAAAGUGCCACAGUGAUGCCAUGGAUACUUAUCCUGGUGUCUCCUCCUUCACUCAGUGUCAGAAAUCACACGACACCAGGUUAUCGUCCACCUGAUGAAGGAGCUGCACUCCGAAAGCUUGUGAUUUUAAAUAAACCUGUUGAACUAUAACCUGGUGUCGUGUGACCUCUGACUUUGUCCACCCCAAGCCAACACCGGCCCCUGCCCCAUCUUGACUCAGUGUGUCAGUCACUCUCCCGUCAAUCACCCUGGAACAUUUCGACAUGAACGAUGCUAUUGCAAUGCCAGUUCUUGUUGUAGAGGUCAGCUGAUCCACUGAUCUUGUGGCUGAUGCGACCAUGUCAGAAUCCACUUUGACGUUGAACUGACAGUGUCCAGUCCCAUGAGCUCUUUGCCCUGAUUGGCCUUGGCAGAGAUUUUCAACCAGACAGCUCCCGCCCCCCAAGCUGGAUAACAUUGAAUAGAGGGACGGGAGGAAUGGAAUCAUUAUUUGUUCAAGGUAGAAUGUAUAGAAGAAGGUGCAUUACAGAAAAACAAAGUGUAAGUGAAAUUAGAGAAAUGGGGAUGGGGAACAAAGGAGACUAUCUGCAUGGUAAUCCCAGGAGCUCUUUUACCCUCACGUUUCAAAUGGAUGUCCUACCUCCCUCAUGGCAUCUCCAUCUACUGCAGUUUUUGUCAUUUUCAUUGGCUAUCCAUCCUGAUCAAGAAGCCCAUGUGAUCUCAAUCCAUCCACCCCUGACGCUCAGUAACAGCAGUGUGUACUAUCUACAAGAUGCACUGCAGAACUAAGCCAAAGGUCCUCAGCCGGCACCUUCCAAACCCACGGCCACUUACACCCAGAAGGACGAGGGUAGCAGAUACAUGGGAACAACCAGCCCCUGCUAUGUUCCCUUUUAAACCACUCACUAUCCUGACGUAGAAACAGAUCGCCAUUUCUUUAUUAUCCUGGAACUCCCUAACUGCGAGCAGAUGCUGUGAAUGUUUCUGCAUCCCAAGGACUAUAGCAGUUAAGGUUGCUCUCACCACUUUCUAUGGGGCAGUUAGGGAUGUAUAGACAGACAAAAAAUGCUGAAAAUACUCAGCAGGCUAGAGCACUGCUGGAUCUGAGCAUUUCCAGCAAAUACUAUUUAAUAUUCCAGGUUUCCGGAAUUUGUAAUGUAUUGCCCACACUACGUGCCGUCCAAAGCCUCUUUUAUUCUCCGAGGGCCCUCUUGCUAAUGAGAGAGAAUUCUCAAGGAUCUCCAGCCCUGCAGGGGGCUUGCCAUUCCUUUCAAGUCUUUGAUGUUUUUCUUGUUUACUUAAUCAAUGUGGAGCUAAAGUGGCUAAGUCGAAGAAAUGAUACAACAACCAUUGAAAUGAUCAUGAUGCAACGGGCUAGCAGAACAGGCUUGAGAGGCUAAACAUCACCCUCCUACUCCUGUGCUGUUUCAUCCCAAACAUAUUCCCCAUGCUCCUCUCGACUCCUGUCCCAAUGGAGAUGGUGGCCAAACAAGUUAUUACCAGCUAAUUUGUCAGUAUAUAUGCCUCUUCCUUAAGGAAGAGCCCCUUCCUUUGAUUUAAGAACCAUAGAAAAGUUAUGGCAAAGAAAAAGGCCAUUCAGCCCAUCACAAGUGCAUGGGUAUAUCAAAGAACUAGCUGCCUGCUCUGAACCCACCUUCCUGGUUCACAGCCUCGCAGAUUAUCAUGCUUCAGGAAGCAGAUCCUGAUUCCUUUUAUGUGAGUUGGGGGUUUUCCCCUUUAACACCAAACUGAGCAGCCAGUUACAGAUACCCAUGUCUUCCGUGGGUGAAAAGUCUUUUCUUCACAUGUCCUCUUAUCCUUUGGGCGUCAGCUUCCAUCUGUGUCUGUCCAGGGAAUAGACCUGUCCACAUGGUGAUGCAGAUCUUUUCUGUAUGUUCUGUACAGGCUCCCCUCCUCCCUCUGAAUGCAGAUUUUAGAAGAAAUAUUGCACCUACACCCGUAAUUUUUCCACACCUCGAUUUCUAUUUUCUGUAACUCCUCCUGCCUCUCGUCUCAGUGACCUGGCAGCCAGUGUGAUAGAGGUACUGCAGAGUUUCAGGACAACAGUCAACGUGUGGGUAAGGUAGUUGGUGCUCUGUGUCCUGCACUGGUGUUGUGACGCUGAGCAUGUGUUUUCUCACUGGCACCAGAACAGUAUAAGGAGGAAUGAACUGAAGCACAUUCUCUCCUCAUACAUUCCGAUCCUGCCUCGCGCCAGUCAUUCCACAGCUCGGGAGCUCCCAGCACCACAGGCCUGGAGUGACUAGAAUUUCAAACUCCUGGGAUUAUACAGCACCUGUACGCUCUCUCCCUCCCUGUACACUCUCUCUGAGACUCAUGCUGCCAGUCAUCAAGGUGCACAUUCCUAAUGGUAAGGUGGUUCACACCAGACUCGAAAGACUUACUUUCCAGUUGGCUGUUCCUGGGGCUGGCCCGGAGUCAAUCCGGCAGACCUAUCUUCCGCAGCACAGGGAGAUCAAGACCCCAAACACUCCAGACCCUGCAGCAUCCGACCUAUUGCAGUGCUGGGAGGAGUGCUGCAGUAGUCCUAGGCACUGUCUUUCAGUUGAGGCAUUAAACCGAGGCCCAGACAGGAGGAUGUAAAUGAUUCCGGGUCUGGCUAUUUCGAAGAAGCAAAGUCUUCCCCAGUAACCUAGCCAAUAUAUAUCCCACAAACAGCUUUUCUAACACACACACACAAAUGUUCUUGGCUUGUGGAAUCUUGCUAUGCGUAAAUUGACUGGCACAUUUCCUACCUUACAACAGAAGCACUUCAUUGGCUGGGGAGCACUUUGUAAAGUCCUUAGCAAAGGAAAGGCAAUAUGUAAAUGCAGUCUUUCACCUUUGCCAUGUUAUUUACCUGAGCUGAAAGUAAGGGCGAUUGUUAAGUCUUAUAGGCUGUCCUGCAGACACAGCUGGAAGAUGACAAAUUAGAAUCCAACAUGGGGGAGGGAGAGAGCGUACAGGGAGGGAGAGAGUGUACUGGGAGGGAGAGAGCGUACAGGG